AUGGAACAUUCCCAGCUGCUUGAUGCCAUACAGCAGAUGUGGUCUUACUUGGAAAAUGCAGAAAAAACAUUUCAACUGUCACUUGCAGCUGGUGUUACAGCAAAUGGGGGCGAUGCGUUCCAGUUCGUUCGUACAACGGUUAAACAAUGUGCCGAAAUCUUGGAUGUUGUCGCUACAGUAUCAGAUAUUCUCGGAUUUCCUUUGUCACCACUCAAAGAGAGCGUGAACCUACACUCUCUUUCUGUCAAUGUUACCAGUUCUUCAAAAAGUGUAAACGAUAUUUUCAUGCCCUAUCUUGAUUCAACCUGGAGUCGUUCUGUGUUUUGUUUACAAGGUCGUGUCAUCGCGUUGUCACAUUACUACCAUCAUGUACUCAAACACACCGUUCCAAAAGCCCUGAAUACCACGCAUGCAAGGGACCAAAUGUCCUUUACCAUCCCUGCAUCACAGCCUAUAAGGAGCGUACAGGCACCAGUUAUGCAGAAGGGUUGUGCUUCUGCCACCACUCCUAUUUCUGCUGGAGUACCAAAGCCUUUGGACACUGCGGUGACGCCAUGUGCAAAGGGGUCUGUUCCGGCUUCUGCUGGAGUACCAAAGCCUUUGGAUACUGCGGUGACGCCAGGUGCAAAGGGGUCUGUUUCUGCUUCUGCUGGAGUACCAAAGCCUUUGGAUACUGCGGUGACGCCAGGUGCAAAGGGGUCUGUUUCUGCUUCUGCUGGAGUACCAAAGCCUUUGGAUACUGCGGUGACGCCAGGUGCAAAGGGGUCUGUUCCGGCUUCUGUUAGAGUACCAAAGCCUUUGGAUACUGCGGUGACGCCAGGUGCAAAGGGGUCUGUUUCUGCUUCUGCUGGAGUACCAAAGCCUUUGGAUACUGCGGUGACGCCAGGUGCAAAGGUAUCUGUUUCUUCUUCUGCUGGAGUGCCAAGGCCUUUGGAUACUGCGGUGACGCCAGGUGCAAAGGUAUCUGUUUCUGUCUCUGCUGGGGCAACAAGGCCUUUGGACAAUGUGUGGGGCGUUGGGUCCGUGAGGACUAUUUUUGAUCUUGCCGACUUGUCUUAUCCUUAUGAUUAG